AAAUUGAAAAAGCUGACUCUGAAAAACUUAUUGGAAAGCCAUGGCCGCACAGCCAGCAACCAACCAUGCAGGGAGCUAAAAGUGGAACUAGUCGAAAUUGAUCAAACCACUACUAUGUCCGAACCAAUCUUCGGUCGAGAUUACCACUGUAUGGCCCUAAUCCUCCUACCGACCUUGUUUCUCAAGUGUUCAACGAGGUCGCAGCUGAA